AUUAUUGCUUUUAAGUUUUCAGGAGUCUUCCUCUUCAUCAUCAUCAGCUAUUGUUUCUUCGGGGAAACUGACUGAGCAUGAAGCUCUUUUACAGCGACGCGCUGGAUUCAGCUUCAGCGGGCCAAAGGGAUAUACAGCAUAUAACAGCAACAAAUUAUUGAUUGAUUGCUUUUAAAGUUUUGGCUUCCAAAAGCUUUAAAAACAAACAAACACAAAGUGAAACAUUUUUUAAAAAAAAGAUUGACCAAGAAAUAAAUAAAGAAAAUAUAAAAUGCCCAAAAUGUCCUUUAAACCUGUUGGCCAGCAGGUUUGGAGGCGUGUCAUUAAAAGUUGAUGGUAAAAUAAAGACAAACUCUAACAAAUCUAAUGCUGUGUGGCUGUUCCCUGAGCCAAAGUGACAAACAGGAGGCUCAGAAUAUGAUUUGAGUAUCUGUAUGUAGAUUUCGAAGGAACAUUUAAAAUCAGAUAUUAAAAUAAAAUAAACACAGAAAAUAACACCAAAAAAGAUCAUCGCUGAGAUGCAAAAACAACCCAGACACCUGAGCAGCUUCACGGUGAUGAACAGAUUCAUAAUGUAUUUUCUGAAUCCGUCGCGUUAAAAUAAAUGUUGUGUUUCAGCGCAAAGAGCUGGUGAACGACCUGGACGGGCCCUUCAGGAGGACCUUCAGCCCCGAGAGCCUGGCGGCCUUCAGCUGGGAUAAGACUACUUCCUGGGCGGAGCAGAGGGCUCCUCUGACGGUGGCGUGCCUGCGCUCCAUGUUUCCUCCCGCCACGAAGAUCCAGAAACAGACGGUGAACUACAGCGUGGGAAACAAGCCACGGCGGAUGACGGAGGAGGAGGUGAAGCGGAUGCUGGACCGCAGGAUCAGCCUCCUCCUCGCCGUGCCGCUGUACACCAGCACGCUCAGGGCCAGCUUCCUCCAGACGGCGCUCAGCGUGGAGAUGCUCCGCCAUCGCUGCCCCAUCAAACUCUUCACCAUCACCAACGGCCUCGGCAUCUCGCAGUCCAAAACCACCGCCAGGAUCCACGCCAAGAGGCUCGCCGAGGAGCACGAGCGGCAGGUGAAGCAGUGGAGAGACGAGGUCCAGACGGCCAGAAAGACGCAGUACUGCAGCGACGACUCCAAGAAGGCGGCGGCGUUCACCUUCAGCUGGGGGAAAGUUCGGGUGCCGUCCGCGUGCCGCUCCGACUCUGCAGAUCGAGGGUACACCUUCUCCACGUGGGCUUUUCGCUUCGCUCACCAAGUCCGGGUUAACUUCCGGUACCUGCACGGAGCUCCGAUUAAAGCCGUGGAUGUGUCUCCUUACAGCAUCCUGCCGUCCAAACGGACGUACGAGUCGCUGCGCCGGAGAAUGAAAAUAUUAGUGAUGCGGAUCAUCGCCGACAACCUGACGGUCCUGAAAGGACCCAGAGGACGAGUGGUGAGACACAUCCCCCACAAAUACUCGGACCUGAUGAAGGAGCAGAGCACCACGGUGAGUCUGGGUGCAGUGAUACCAAACACCUCGGAGGAGUCCGUCAGUGCGGCGUUCGGCCUCAAAGACUACGUCCCGGUGGUUUCCGGGACGCCGCACCACAUCCUGUGCUGUGGGGACGUCCUCGCUGACCGGACGGAGCACGGCAACAAAACCCAGAGCAGCGAGACUCUGACCUCUGACCUGAAGUUUGACGGACUCGUAGAGGCUCCACAAGAGUUUCAAAAGGAACACCUGUUCCACGAGGUGAGAAGAACUUUAUCACACUAG